CUUUGACUCAUCAAAUUUUCUCAAUGUGUAAGCCUAAAUAUAGUCAUGUGUGAUCUUGUUUGAUUUGUCUUAACAUAUAGAUUAUUAAUAUAUAAUUUCUAUAAUUUUUUAAUAUACAAAUUACAAGAUAAAAUGGAUUAAAGAAGUGUAUUGGAUGGUGUGUAAAAAUGAAAGUAGACAAAUACACUGAGACGGAGGUAGUAUAUAAUUUAUAAUCUUAUUAAUAUACUAAUUUAUAAAUAAAAUAAUUUAAAAAGUAAAAAAUUUAUAAUCAAAAUAGGGAGGGAAGGGGAGUAAAGAAAAAGCUUUGUGGAAAAAGACAAAUGUUAGAUGACAUAUUGAGACCAGGCCAAUCACCCAAGUAACUUUUUUUUUAAUCUUUGGAGUUAAGACACAUCACUAUCUACAGUCUAUAACUCCUAUACUCGUUCUUGCCUUCUUGGUUUGAAUUUACCCUUUUUACGCCCCUCUCUCUCUCCUCUGCAGCCGCCCCCCACUUGCAGGAGGGGAGGGAGGUAGAGAGAGAUGGGAUGGUUUCUAUGCUCCGGCCAAUCUCCAAAGAAGAAGAGCCACAACAACAAGCUUCCUGCAAUUGAUCCUAAUCCUAAUCCCCCAGGCAAGUGGAAGAGUCGAUCCAAGUUGAGGGAUGAAUCUGUGAAGGACGGAGGGGCUGACCAAAUUGCAGCAAAGACUUUCACAUUCCGCGAAUUGGCUGCUGCUACUAAAAACUUUAGAGGCGAUUGUCUGGUAGGCGAAGGCGGCUUUGGGCGGGUGUAUAGAGGGCGACUUGAUUCCAACCAGAUUGUUGCCAUAAAGCAACUCGAUCGUAAUGGACUGCAAGGGAACCGCGAAUUUCUGGUUGAAGUGUUGAUGCUGAGCCUGUUACAUCAUCCCAAUCUUGUUAAUCUUAUUGGCUAUUGUGCUGAUGGUGAUCAGAGACUUCUUGUUUACGAAUACAUGUGUUUAGGAUCUUUGGAAGAUCAUCUUCAUGAUCCUACACCUGGAAAAAGACAACUGGGUUGGAGUACAAGGAUGAAAAUUGCUGCAGGAGCUGCAAAAGGUUUGGAGUUCUUACAUGACAAGGCAAGCCCGCCAGUAAUAUACCGCGACCUGAAAUGCGCAAACAUUUUGCUUGGUGAGGGCUAUUUCCCUAAGCUGUCUGAUUUUGGAUUGGCCAAGCUAGGGCCAGUAGGUGACAACACACACGUGUCUACCAGAGUUAUGGGUACUUAUGGAUACUGUGCUCCUGAAUAUGCCAUGACCGGACAGUUGACCGUUAAAUCAGAUGUUUACAGCUUUGGAGUUGUGCUUUUGGAGAUCAUCACUGGAAAGAGAGCCAUUGAAGACUCAAAAGUUGGAGGAGAGCAGAAUCUUGUCGCUUGGGCGAAACCUCUGUUCAAAGACAGAAAGACGUUCACACGGAUGGCAGACCCAAGGCUCCAAGGGGCAUACCCUUUGAGGGGAUUGUACCAAGCUCUUGCAGUGGCAGCAAUGUGUGUUCAAGAGCAGCCCAACUUGCGCCCCGCCAUAGCAGAUGUCGUUACUGCCCUUAAUUACCUGGCCAUGCAAAAGUGCGAUGGCGACUCCCAAACAGUACCUCAGCACGGGCCCACGGCUUCACCACGAAUAAUAAAGAAAGGCAGUGGCAAGAAAGGGGAUGGAAGCUCUGAUAGACCCAAUGAAAGAGACCGAAGAACCGGAAGACUGAGAUGAGAUUUCAAGUUUGAUUUGGGGCUGGUUCGCAUGCGGUUGUGGUCUGGUUUGGUCUGGUCCGGUCAGCAAUUUUGUAGGUUGAUGCUUUUGGUUCUUCCACUUCAUGGUGCUCUUGUGAUGUCAUUUUG